AUGUAUUUCAAGACAGAGGUGUUCACGGCCGUGGCGGCUUGGGCACUUUCUGCCGCCUCUCUGAGUUUCUAUAGCGACUGCGAUUAUAUCGAGGGAGGUCUUUGCCCGCGAGGCGAUGCUGAUUUGCAGGCACUUGGAAAGCAGCUUUCGAGCUCUGCCAAGCUGUACUUCCCCGGAUCGAGCGGGUUCAAGGACCUCACAACCCGGUGGUCUACUCUAGCAGAGCCUAAGGUGAACGUCGUCGUCGUGCCCGGCACAGAAAAUGAUGUUGUACAAACGGUGAAAUUCGCCAACAAGAAGGACCUGCCUUUCCUCACGUUCAAUGGUGUCCAUGGAGCCCUUGUUUCGUUGGGUAAGAUGGACCAUGGUGUUGGAAUCUCUUUGAGUCAGCUGAACAGUGUCAAAAUUGCUCAGGAUGGAAAGACCGUCACGCUGGGUGGAGGAACCAUGUCUAAGAAGGUCACCGACACGCUUUGGGCCGCAGGAAAGCAGACAGUCACUGGAACCUGUGAAUGUGUCAGUGUUCUGGGACCAGCCCUUGGCGGUGGACAUGGAUGGCUCCAGGGCCACCACGGACUCGUCUCUGACCAAUUCGUCUCGAUGAAUGUCGUUCUUGCCGACGGUACCUUGAAGACGAUUGACCAUAACUCCGACCUCUUCUGGGCGAUGAAGGGUGCUGGCCACAACUUCGGCAUUGUGACUUCUCUCACCAGCAAGAUCUAUGCAAUUGAGCACAGCGACUGGGCCAUCGAGACGAUCACUUUCAGUGGUGAUAAGGUCGAGGCUGUCUACCAAGCUAUCAACGACUAUUUGCUGAAGGAUGGUGCCCAGCCGGCCGAAGUCAUCAAUUGGUCGUACUGGAUGAACGUCCCUGACCUUGACGCUAAUAACCCUGUCAUCGUACUCUAUCUCAUCCAGGAGGGAGUUAAGGCCGUCGACUCAAUUUACACCAAGCCUUUCCACGAUAUCGGAGCACUCGCCAUUGUUCCCCAGGCAGGCACCUACAAGGACCUUGCUGCAUGGACCGGCAUUGCUCUUGACUCCCCGCCAUGCCAGAACAUGGGAAUGGCCAACCCCCGCUUCCCCAUCUAUCUUGAAAAAUACGAUGUUGCGGCUCAGAAGAUGGCAUGGGACAUUUACGAACCUGCCGUCCGUGGAAACUCUCCCUUCAAUUUCUCAAUCUUCAUGUUCGAGGGUUACUCUUUUGAGGGCGUCCACGCUGUCCCCAGCAGCGCGAGCGCGUUUGCCUUCCGCAGCGAGAAUAUCCUUGCCGCGCCGCUCAUCAACUACGUGCCUGUCGAUCAAGCACUUGAGAACAAGGCCGCUGCUUUGGGUAAACAGCUUCGCAAUAUCCUUCACGAAGCCACUAACCGCACGGACAUUCGCGCAUAUGUCAACUAUGCCCAUGGAGACGAGUCGACGCACCAGUUGUAUGGCGAUAACCAACAGCGCCUCCUCGCCUUGAAGAAGAAGUACGACCCGACUGGCAAGUUCAGCUUUUACGCACCGAUCGAAUAG